UGUUAGUCGUCCACAAUUUUGAUGGAACAAUAAAAAAUUCACAUAUGGUUAAAAAAUUAGAAAAACCGUUCAGAAAAGGUAGAGGACAGUCGAACCAUAUCCAAGCGGACGUCAUCAUACUGGGAUGUAGCCUCCCGGGCAUCGUCACCGCCCACAAGCUCAAGAGGAAGUUUGGCAACACCAUGGACAUUGUAGUUCUUGACAUGGCGGAAACCUCCAGGCUGGUUUCCAAGUGCAACGUUGCUUUCUUCACAGACCACGACGAUGACGCCGAAUCUGACAACCCCGAAACUGGCAUCGACGACGACGAGGACGACGACGAGGCUAAGGUAACAGACAACGUCGCACGACAUUACAUUACAAAAUACGCUAGAGACCUAAACAUCCCUAUUCCCGAGGCCAUCAUCGAACCAGUCCGGAUAAAGUCACCCCUCAACAAACUUUUCCAACACACCAACGGUAGCACUGUGGAAUUUUCCAAGGACUUUCACAACUUCGAUUAUUUAGGAUUCAUAGAGAAGUUCGAACUGAAUCAGUAUCAAUCAUUACUAGACCACAGCAUGAGAGACAUGUUUCACACAAGAGAAGCCACGGAUGCCGACAGAAAAAAACUUUUGUAUUAUGACCAGACCACAAUGGAACAGCAUCUAUGCAGCGCUCUUAUCUUUUCUACAUCGCGUGACAUCAUGAGGACAACUGUGAGAGUGGUAUGUGGGGCGCCGGCUGACAGUAUCUCGGUUUUAUUCUAUUUGCAUCAAUGUUAUCGAACCAACAGCUGCAGGAAUCAUCUCGAUGGCGAUAAUACGAGAUUCCGCGAAAAACUUUUAGGAUACUGCAGAAAACGUUUGACAAAUCAACUCCAACGGAGUAUCGGGGACAUUAUCCUAUCAUCCAAUCCUAUCAAAGAAAUCAGUACAUAUUCUGAUGAACUCGUCAUACUGAAAACAAUGAAAGGCGGGACCAAUUACGUCUGUAACCUCCUCGCUAUGGCAUUGCGACCUGAUGAGCUUCACAAAAUUAGAGUCGAAGAUCAAUUGUUAGCGAGGAAAGAUGCUGAUAUCACUAGUGCUAUGAGACCUGGACGAGCUAAAAAGUUUGUUGUGCAAUACGAAAAUAACUUUUGGGAAGCCCAAGGAUACAGCGGUGACAUUUUGAGCAUACGCGGUCCCAUAAUCUGGGCUAUGGAAAGACCCAAGUUUUCUACGACAGGUAGCUUAUCGCGUUAUGCGACUUUGACAGGAUACAUGAUGGUCAGGGAUAAGGCUGACGCUGAUGAUUCUAAGGUAGCUGUUCUGGAACAACUCGUGAAGCUGUUUGGAGAGGAAGCAGCGUCUCCGGUUAGUUAUACGGAGACAGACAUCGCUGAUAUCUUUGUGCCUCGAUGUGGUGAUUACGUGGCGUUGCGCAAGCUGACCGGGCAGGUCACUAGGAGGUACUUGGAGUGGGGUGCUCUAGAUGUGUUUGCCGAAGGAGAUGUAGCUGCAGCGUUGGAAGCAGGUCACACAACGUACCUGCAUUUGCUGAGCUGCCUCCGACCUCAGGCUCAGACUUAUGAAGACCUGAGCUCUUCUGAAUGGCCUAUCACUCUGAGCGCCAGUCCCUUGGAACGUUGGUUCUCCCAAAUUAAUUACAAAUCGAGUAUGCGCUUUGCUUUUUACACGACCGUCAUUUACCUUGGUGUGAAACUGGUGCAAUCUUAUAUUCGAAAAUCAGGAUGA